AUGGAGGUACCUGGAAAGACCAGAGAUAGAGCUCAAGGAUUUGCGUCAUCUUCGGGAUCAUUUGAAUGCAAUGGAGUAUUAUGUCAACCUUGUUCAAGCGAAGGGGAGAUUUUAGUAGCAGAUGGUUUCUGUAAGAACUGUCAGGAGUAUCUUUGUAAAACGUGUAUCAAAUAUCAUCGCAAAGUAACUGUCAGUAAACAUCAUACUAUUCUAGAUAAGGCUAAUAUACCGAAGAAUGUUGACCACCAAACCAUCAAACAACUUUGUACUGAAACAUGCGAGAAACAUAAAUUAGAGAUAAUCAAGUACUUCUGCAGAGAUCAUGAUACAGUCGGGUGCGGUAAUUGCAUGGUAAUUAAACACAAGGCAUGUCAGGUUGAGUUUAUUCCGGAUAUAGCUGACGAAUUCAUCAACGGAGAAUAUAAAGCUAUUCUGGAUAGAAUCGAGAAACUCCAAACUAAAGUUGAUUCCAAGAUAAUGUCAACAGAGAAAGGCAAAAAAGCAUGUGCUGAAGAAUUCGUUUUCGCAGUUAACGAAAUCAAAAGGUUCCGAAAGGAGAUUGAAAAUUAUUUAAACAAGAUGGAAAAAUCAGUGCUUAAGGAAUGUGAGCGUCUCAGGAAAGAAAAUGAAAAUGUUAUAACUAAAAAUGAGGGUAUCCUGAAAACUAUCAAGUCUGAACUAGAUGGCAUUACUGAAUAUCUCAAGUCACUGUCAAAGAAAACCACUGACCUGUUUGUUGAAGCAAAACAAACUGAAGCUCGACUGAGUCAGUUAGAGCAAGCUUUAACACAAACUAUAAAUACGACAUAUACUGAGUAUACGUUCGUACGUAGCAGUGACUUUGACGCGAUGGUUUCUGGAAGCUGCAGUCUGGUAACAGACAAGAAACUGACACCAAUCAGAGAAAUAAAAGUCAACGGACAAUGUAGAGGGAUAGCUCACUACCAGAAUACAUUGCUGGUAUCUUUUGUGGAACCACCAAAACUUCAAAUUUUAACACUGGACGGAGAGGUUGUACACAAUAUUACAGCUGGUACUUUAGGUUGGCCUGGUUGUGUAGAAGUUAACGUGUGUGGGAGUAGUUUCUUUGUAUCUGAUAAUAACAACUCUUCGUUGAUGAAAUUUUCGUUUGAUGGAAAAUUACUUGCCACUUAUCAGGACGAAAGUUUUAAGUAUCCGAGGUCAUUUACCGUUUGUGAGGAUGACAGAAGGAACAGCGAUUGGCUCACGAUUAGGGAUGAAUUACGCAUCUACAUAUAUCUUGGAUCAUGGGAAUCACAGCUGAUGGAGAUAACAGAUAAACUUCCGCUUGAGUAUUUUCGGUAUGUUGAUGAUGUUUGGGGCCUUUGGACUCACGGUAUCGAGUCUUUAAAAUCAUUCCACGAGCUUAGGAAUAACCUUCAUCCCAGAAUAAAGUUAGAAUUAAGAUAUUCUACUGAAAAACUUGAAUUUCUCGACGUAAUGACGAAGAUUCAGAAUGGCAUUUUAAUAACAGACCUUUACACUAAACCAACAGAUAAACACCUGUACUUGCAUAAAGAAUCGUCUCAUCCGGAAUCGACUAAAAGAUCAAGACCAUAUGGACUUGUCCUCCGUGCUAAACGAAUAUGUACGAAUGAAUCGACUUACAAACAACAUAGGGAUAACAUUAAAACUCAGUUACAGAAACGAGGCUACGAAGAUCGACAUAUUGAAACAGAAUUAAAAAAAGUAGAUAGUAAGAAAAGAAGUGACUUAUUACAGUAUAAUGAAGAUAAAGAAAACACUGAAAGAAUCCCCGUAGUACUGACAUUUUCCCGAGCGCUCCCGAAUGUAGGACAAAUAGUACGAAAACACCUACCUGAAUAA